CCCCACCCUCGAACCUACCUGAGCCAUGACCUCUGAGCUGGAGAGCAGCCUGACCUCAAUGGACUGGCUCCCCCAGCUCAGCAUGAGGGCGGCCGUCCAAAAGUCCGACGCGGGCCACCACCACCACCACAGCCAUUACCACGGACACCACCACCACCACGGCCUCCAUCACGGGCACGGGCCGGGCAAGAAAGUGGUCCACCUGGACCCGGGGACCACGCUGGACCAGGAGGAGGCGGCGCAGCACAGGGACGGUAAACCGCCCUACAGCUACGCCAGCCUCAUCACCUUUGCGAUCAACGGCUCGCUGCGCAAGCGGAUGACCCUCAGCGAGAUCUACCAGUGGAUCUGUGACAACUUCCCCUACUACCGAGAGGCGGGCAGCGGCUGGAAGAAUUCAAUACGACACAACCUGUCCUUGAACAAGUGUUUCCUCAAAGUGCCUCGCUCCAAAGACGACCCUGGAAAAGGUUCGUACUGGGCGAUAGACACCAAUCCUAAAGAAGACACAGUACCCAGCAGGCCAAAGAAGAGGCCGCGCUCCGGCGAGAGGGCAUCAACUCCUUACAGCCUGGAGUCGGAGUCUCUGAGAAUGGACUGCAUUAUGUCAGGAAGGGCGUCCCCGACUCUGGCCAUCAACGCUGCAACCAACAAGGUUACACUGUACAACUCUGAGGCAGAAGGCAGCGAGAGUCCUGGUAGUCUGAGCAACAGCCUUUCAGAGCCCAGUUUGACAUCCGUCAACCUCAACAACCUGAACCCGGCCGUCAGCGGCGUACACGGCUACACACCAGUGAGUAGCCACUCGGAGCCUUCGUCCCAGUCCCUGAGUCUCCGGCAGGCCGCCCAGCCGCCGCCCCCCCCCCAGCCCCAGUACGACCUGCCCAUCCUGGAGUCCCGGGACAAGCAGCUCUGCUUCUCGGACUUCGAGGACCUCAGCUCUUCCUUCCGCAGUCUUUACAAGUGCGUCUUCGAGCAGUCCUUCUCGCAGCAAGGAGGUUUGAUGGGUAUGCCUGGCGAUUCCAACCAGCAGGCGCGCACCGCGUGCUCCUACCAGCACUCUCCUGGGGCGGGAAACGGCGGUUGCCACCCCCACCACCACCACCACCACCAUCAACACAGCCACGGUCAGGCGUCACACCACCCCCAGCACCCUCAGCAGCACCUCUCCCCUCACUCCACCCACAGCCAGCACCAGCCGCACAGUCAGCAUGGCCAACACCCGCAGCACCCUGCUCACUCCCAGCAGCACCCGCCCCUCUCCCACCCGAGUCACACUGGACAAACGUGCCCCCCGACAGGCAUGUCAUCUGACUGGUACCCCAACCUAGACUGGCUGAAGGAGAGCUGCCGCAUUGCUACCAGCUACAACUGGGCUGACGUAGACCUCUCCCCGUUUCAAGGUCUGAAGGACAGCAUGCGGCAGGCGGAGCUCAACAACUGGUCGCUGGACGCCGCCCAGGUGGCCGACCUUUGUUCCUCCGUUAACCAGUUCUUCGCGGCCACGGGGGUCAUCCCCCCGCAGGGCGCCGCCCACCCACAACCUCAGGUCCCGCACCCAACGCCGCCGGGAGCCCCGCAGCACCCGGCUCAGCCGCACGGGGCGAUGCACCCCAAGGCCAGCCAGCACAAUCAGCACAAUCAGCACGCUCACCACAACCACCACAACCAACACAUCAGCACAGGGAACUUGUACAUCGACUCGAGACAGAGCAUUUCCUCUCUGAUGGGCCCACCAGGGUACCCCCACAUGCCUCCCAUGAGCAACACAGCUCCCACCAUGACAGGUGACUCCUCCAUCGCACUCUUAGCAGGUCAUCUCAGCCAGCUGAACCAGCAGCAGCAGCAGCAGCAACACAGGCUGCCUCUGGGACACUUCCAGGUGAGACGCAUGCUGGCCGCAGACGACAUCCAGGACGACUUUGACUGGGACUCCAUCGUCUAAACUCUGCCGCGGGUGAAGGCUGAUAGACUGCUGAUGAGGCGCGGGUGACAGGUGAGGUGUGGAACUAGCAGACUUUCACCUGCGUGGAAAAAAAAAACAGAGGACAAUCCAACAGAAAAAAAACAAACAGAACGUUAUUUUUUCUGAUCUCGCUGGCCUUUUUUUUUUCCCUGUUUCAUGUGGAUGUUGAGUCGAAACAUUCAAAACAAUGACACUCACACAGGAUUGGACCAAGAAGACGUCGUCCAAAGCAAAAACAAAGUCUGAAGCUCUGAGAAUUGCCCCUCGUCGUGUCCCCCAGUGUCAAAUUGUUGGUGAAUUGUUUUUCUUUUUGUGUGCCGUAUCUGCAAAAUUCCAGCGCCUGUGCCUGAAAUGAAUAGAAACGUUGUUUUUUUCAAAAACCCCUGGCAGAAAAUCAUCUCUCUCACACACGUUCACCCAACUGGUUCCUCCUCUCCUUCUUGUAUGUGGGCAUCUGUGUUCCCGCUUUGCAGCUACAUAUAGAAGGAUGAUUUAUGAAAAAGAAAGUGAAGCUGUCCAACCGGAGUCAGCUGGUUAAAACAAGCACUGUUCUAGCUUACUUUGCCCCCGAAAGGUUCUAUGCACCACAAUCUGCUCUUAAUGUUUCUUCGGCCCACAUUGAAAACCCAAGUCUAAACUUUUAGUUGAAUGUUGUCGUGUUGGUGUGCGUGUCCAUGGUGCCAUGUUCUCAGGGUGUUUACAUUCAUAUGCCACAUCAGACCAGCCAUUCACGCCUCUGUACGUGAGGUCGCCGUCUGUUGUUCGGUUCUGUCAGCGAUGCUCCUGGUGACCGCGGUCAAAAGACUCAAAGCCUCAUCCGUCAGCUUAUAAGCUAACGGAUGGGAAAUACUGUGGAAUAGGCUUUUUCAGUUGCUCAAUCAAACAAACGCUCAUUAAGGUGGAAAUGAGAUGCCCCCAAGAGUUUGACUUUAGCAGCGAUGAUACAAAUCUAUUUGAGAAGGUCAGGACUCAAGGGGCCUCGUUUAGGAGACGACUAGCAGUUUUUGCACAACACCAAACUUGGUAGGAUCUAGUUAAAAGGAGAGGAAAAAAAAAUCUUUUUUUCAAAAGGCAUUUAAAAGAAAAAUGAAAUAGAUCAGAAAAGGAGUAAAAACUAAACACAAGCUCAACUUUUCCUACUGUGAUGAUUUAUUUUGUCUGUGUGUGCAAGUGUGUAUAGUCUUCUCAGAUUUCAUUGAACAAACAGCUCCGUACAGCUCAAAAAAUAUUCAUAGGAUAUAAUAAGUAAUUUGUUGGUAUUAUGUGGGUACAAAGUGAAAUUUGGGACUUUAAAGUGCUCUUUCUUUUGGAGGAUCUCAGUGAUUGUUUCGAAUUGGUCAAAACAAGGUGUCAUAGGGAAAAAAACAACAAAAAAAACUCUUUAUUAUUGCCAUUACAUGCUGUAUAACAGUGACCAGCAUAUAUAUCUAGUAUGUUUGUGUGUUGUUGUCUAUGUAAAUAACAAUACGUAACUCCUAUGUUUGCCCUUGAAAAACACAGACUGAAAAAAGAAAACAGCAAAUGGAGAGAAAGUAUUUUGUUAUCUGUCCUUCAGGAGACACAGUAUGUACAUAUCUUCAGUAUAUUGUAAAUAAGUGGUGAAAAAAUGGCAUUGGCGUUUUGUGUGUUAUAAAUAAUCUGUGUAUGGCCAUUUAACAGUUCAAACCUGUUUCAGUGUUUAUUAAAAUGUCAUCAACCGUU